AAAAUGCGCAUCAAUUUGAACGAUGCUGCCAUGCGGGAGUUUCGUGUGGGCAAACUUUUUCAGGAGACCGAUCAGCACAAAAGCUCGCUGGACUUCUCCAGUGAUGGGUCGCGUCUGCUCGUCUGCGACAUCGACGCUCUCACGCUCUAUAAUUGCAUGCGUCCGGAACAGCUGUUCCAAAUAUCGAUGAAGAGCUAUCAGCCCGAGGUGGCGCGUUUUACACCGAACUCGGAUCGUGUGCUGCACAGUGCCGGCAAGCUGGAUGGUAGCAUACGCUGCCUGGAUCUGAACACUGGCGUCCACUUGCGUCUAUUCAGCGGGCAUGUGGAUAAGGUGAAUGCAUUACGCUUUCAGCCGAACUGUGAAUAUCACUUCAUGAGCGCUGGAUAUGAUAAUCAGAUAUUGUUGUGGGACAUUCGCACUCACACUUAUACGCACCAGUUUUCAAAUCUGCGACGACCGCUGUUGGCUUACGAUCCCGCCGGUCUAGUCUUUGCCGUAAGCUCGGGAACGGAGCGAAUAGAUCUGCAUGAUGUCCGAAUGCUGAACGAGCUGCCUUGCCUGAGUUUCAAGUAUAGUUCCAAUAAGCUGGCCAACUGGACACAGAUGCAGUUUUCGCCCGAUGGUCGGUCGUUACUUCUAGCAACCGAUCAUUCCUGGUGCUUCAGUGUGGACGCCUUCGAUGGACACUUUCGCCAGGCCUACACGGGCUAUGCGAACGAGAAGCGUUUGGAUUUGCAGGUGUGUUAUACUCCCGAUUCGAAGUUUGUUUUAUCGGGCGCCGAUGCCGGGCGGGUGCACGUCUGGCGUGCUUCCGAUGGCGAACAGCUGGCGGUACUAAAAGGCAACAAUGCGGGUCCCAUACGUUGUCUUUGCUUCAAUCCGCGCUACCUGAUGUUCGUUAGCUCCGACCUGUUGACAUUGUUUUGGGUCCUCAAUCCAUUGGGAGACUAUGAAGUGGUGCUGAAGUCGAACGCAUUGUACAAGCCGCAACCAUUGGUAAAUGGACCACAGACGAAUCCGAUGAUCGGCACAGGUAACUAUGAACUGGAGGAGGGUGAAAUUGAUGAGGAAUAUGAGAUGGAAUAUGAGGAAAUACUGCCCCAAAAAGCUGAGAGAGAGAACGUGGUGCCAUGGCAGUUCAUGGCGCCACUGCCCGUAUUCGAAUCACCUGUCAUUGUUGGGGAAACCGCCGAUGAUGAUGAUUUGGAAGAGGGCGAGCUUAGUGAUAACAAUGAUGAAGAUCAACAGUGUGAAAUUGUUAAAAACCAGUUGAAGAAAAUGGAGAUUUCAGAUAAGGGACGCUGAUCUAGCUCGUUCACUGAGCGUUUAAAGAGCUUUUAAUAUGAGAUUAUUGUUGUUUUUAAAGUAUCAUAAUAGAGUGUCUAUUCAUACUAA